CAACCCCACUCUCACCAUCCCCCACUGCACCCAACCAAACCAAACUCCCAUCUCUUCCCUCUCUUCCGCUGUCACCCCUGACACGCACGCAAACGCUUACGCCUAUGGCUCUCUGCAAAAGAACCAUGCUUUUGUCUUUCUUUCUCUUCUUCACUUUCUUUUCCCUCUCAACGCAACAACACCAAAACCUCCAAAACAGUUCACUUUCUCUGUCUUUCCCUCUCGUUUCACUUUCUCUCCGUCCAAACGCUUCCAAAGCUCUUAAGCCUUCCCUUGUUUCACUGCCCGCGUCCAGGCCCAAGCAAUACCCAAGACUCAGAACGCCAGCGUACAACUACAGAUCAACUUUCAAGUAUUCUAUGGCUCUGAUCGUUUCUCUACCGAUAGGGACCCCUGCGCAGACCCAACAGAUGGUGUUGGAUACUGGCAGCCAGCUCUCGUGGAUUCAGUGCCACAAGAAGACCCCGACGAAGCCGCCUCCUUCGGCGUCGUUUGACCCUACUCUUUCUUCUUCCUUCUCCGUUCUGCCCUGCAACCACCCCAUUUGUAAACCGCGAAUCCCCGACUUCACCCUGCCGACUUCUUGCGACCAGAACCGUCUCUGCCACUACUCUUAUUUCUAUGCAGACGGCACUUUGGCCGAGGGCAAUCUCGUCCGAGAAAAAUUCACAUUUUCCCCUUCCCUGUCGACCCUUCCUCUGGCCCUUGGCUGUGCCCAGGAUUCCGUUGACAGCAAAGGAAUUUUGGGAAUGAAUCUCGGACGCUUAUCCUUCGCUUCCCAAGCUAAAAUUUCGAAAUUCUCGUACUGCGUGCCCAUCCGCCGGAACCAACCUGGGUCCUUACCAACUGGGUCGUUUUACAUAGGAAACAACCCCAACUCCGGCGGAUUCCGAUACGUUGAUCUACUUGCUUUUGGCCCCAGUCAACAGCGUUUGCCAAACCUUGACCCUCUUGCCUACACCGUCGCGAUGCAAGGAAUCAGAAUCGGCGCGAAGAAACUGAACAUCCCGCCGUCCACUUUCCGGCCCGACGCCAGCGGUUCGGGUCAGACCAUAGUCGACUCGGGCUCCGAGUUCACGUACUUAGUGGAGGAGGCAUAUAAUAAGGUAAGGGAAGAGAUCGUGAGAUUGGCGGGCCCGAAGCUUAAAAGGGGCUACGUAUAUGGAGGAGUGUCCGAUAUGUGUUUCAACGGUGACGCGAUGGAGAUCGGACGGCUGGUAGGCGACAUGGUGUUUGAGCUCGACAAAGGUGUAGAGAUUUUGGUGGAGAAAGAGAGGGUUUUAGCUGACGUGGGAGGUGGGGUCCACUGCAUAGCCAUCGGACGGUCAGAUAGGUUAGGGGCAGCGAGCAAUAUAAUCGGGAACUAUCAUCAGCAAAAUCUAUGGGUGGAGUUUGACCUGGUCAACCGGAGAAUUGGUUUCGGUAAGACCGACUGUAGCAGAUCAGCAUAGUGGAUAUCAUAACGCUGGUGUUGCAUCAUGCAUGUGAUUUUCACUAUCACGAUCUGUAAAACCGUAUAAACAAAACAAAAAUCCCCCAAAAAAAAAAAAAAAUCAGUACGUACGUAUGGUCAUGCUUUGUGAUGAUCUAAUCGGACGGUCCAUAAUAUCAACAGUCAUGGCAAUUUUAAAAGUGGGGCCGGACAGUGUUGUAAUAUAAGGUUGAGAUUAAUGUGUAUACGAGGAUGUGUACUUAGUACUAUGUUUGUGCAUCAUUGUGAAAAUUAGAUAUUUCUUUUCCUUGUUGUAGUA